AUGUUUUCAGAUAACAACCCAACUGGAUUUUUCUCACACGGUGGGAAUAGCUAUGGAAAUAAUCAGGAUAGCAAUAAAAAAGGUUAUGGUGGAAACACCUAGGGAGGAGACAUGGCCCGCAAAAAGAGACUUUUCACUCCAGUCACUUUGAAGAUGUUAGCAGACGCCCCACUCGGACCAGAUGAUAACUGCGAGAUCGAAGGAGAGCAAAUCUAGGAUAUCAUCAUUGUGGGCAGAUUAAUCAAUAGAACUGAGGAGUCAAUGAGAAUUAUGUUUGAGAUGCAUGAUAGCACAGGAACCUUUAAGAUUAUAUUCUACAAAAAAGACUAAAAUAUGGUCCCUUCAGCACUUAAGAACUUUGAUUACCAAUAUAACAUGUAUGCUAAAAUUUUUGGAACAGUCAGAGCUUAUAAAGAAGAGAAGGGAAUUGUUGGCACUCAUAUGAAGAAAGUAGAAAAAUUCGAUGAGAUUCCAAAUCACUUUUUGCAAGUAUUCGUUGCCAGCUAAAUGAGACAAAAAGGAGUUCUCACUAAUGAUGCAGGCACUUCUGUUUAAGGAGGUAUGAUGGGCGGAGCAAUGAUGAAAGCCGGUGGAAUGUCGAUGGGAAUCUCAGGAGUUUCUGAUGCUCAAGAAGUUAUUCUUGCCAUCAUGAAGGAAAUGAGUAAAACUGGAAAAUUCAUUCACAAAAGCGAUAUCUAUACUAUGAUCUCUGGAAAAUUUGACUUCAACCAGUUUGAAAAAGCUUUGGAGAGGCUAUGUAAUGAUGGAACAAUCUACUCCACCUAUGAAAAAGAUGUGUAUUCUAUAAGUGAAAUCAAUUGA